AAGAUGGCGAAUUACGCCAAAUCCACCACAAGAAAAGACACGAUCACCCUUUUUCUCCCAACUCUCCUUGUCUUGAUCCUGACCGUUUCCAAACCUGUGACCUCCCAAAACUGUGGCUGUGCCUCUGACUUCUGCUGCAGCCAAUGGGGUUACUGCGGUCAGACGGAUGAUUACUGCGGCGAUGGCUGCCGUGAGGGCCCAUGUCGAGGUGGUGUUGACGCCAGCGGCGGAGAUGUUGAUUCGCUUGAAGGAACGGUGACACCUGAGUUCUUUAACUCUAUAAUAAACCAAGCAAGAGAUGAUUGUGCAGGUAAAGGAUUCUACUCUCACAACGCCUUCAUCGCCGCAGCUAAUUCGUACCAGAGCUUCGGUGCUUCAAUCUCCAAACGCGAAAUCGCUGCCUUCUUCGCUCACGUCACCCAUGAAUCCGAAUUCAUGUGCUACAUUGAGGAGAUUGAUGGACCAGCCAAGGCCGAGAACUACUGCGACAAAGACAACACAGACUUCCCUUGUGCACAAGGAAAGGGCUAUUAUGGCCGUGGUCCGAUCCAGCUCUCUUGGAACUACAACUACGGUCUCUGUGGCAGAGAGCUGAACGAAAACUUAUUGACAUCACCCGAGAAAGUGGCUCAAGAUCCAGUUCUUGCUUUCAAGACAGCUUUCUGGUUUUGGAACACUAAUGUUCGCCAGAAUUUCAAUCAGGGAUUUGGGGCGACGAUCAGGGCUAUAAAUGGUAUGGAGUGUAGCGGAGGAGAUUCUGCAACUGUUGCCAAAAGGAUUAAGUAUUACCGAGACUAUUGUGGCAAGCUUGGGGUUGAACCUGGAGAUAACCUCUCUUGUUAAAGAUGUAUUCUCUAUCCAUCUUAAACGAAAACGUUUGACCUAAAAGAAUAAGAUAUCAUGCAUAUCAGAGAUAAAUAUAUCAUAUAAUACUAAUGUUGUAUUAACAAUGUAACGAAAUGAAAGAU